GAACAGUCUCGCCGGUUAAGCGGAAGUCAAGCCGAGUCGUAAACGCUUGGAAGGGAGGAGGUCGCUUGGAAAGUACGGUGUCUUAUUUCAAUACUUCAGAUUACCCGGUUAUUUAAGCAAGAUGCGGCGCUCGAAGCGGAUGCGCUCGCCGGAUGGCUGGAUCCAUGAGUACAGCUGCUGGGAGGAGAGGGUGGAGGUUCGGAAGAAGCCGAAGAGGAGCUCCAGGAGCUGGGAAAGAGAGACAAGACCUGGACGCUCACACCACUAUAAAACAUACGAAAGGUGCCACAAAUCUAGAAGGCUGGAGUAUACGGAGCACAGGGCGCAAAAGCCCAGCUUUGAGUCACGGAGUUAUGAGAAGCAGGUUGAUGACAGAACGAUCUCCGUGAAGGAUCAGGAGAAAAAUAAGGACUGGCACCACUAUAGCAAAUCUUCGGCGCGCAGUGGCCACAGUCAUCGCAGCAGCAGAGAAUGCCAGAACUCUCACCACCGCAGCAAUCGAUCACACUCGAAAAGUCAUCGGAGGAAAAGAACCAGAAGUUUUGAGGAUGAUGAGGAGGGUCACCUGAUCUAUCACAAUGGAGACAUGUUAAGAGCAAGAUAUGAGAUUGUAGGUACUGUUGGAGAAGGUGCCUUUGGAAAAGUGGUGGAGUGCAUUGACCACUCAAAGGAUGGUUUGAGAGUGGCCCUGAAGAUCAUUAAAAAUUUGGAACGUUAUCGUGAGGCAGCUUUGUCAGAGGUGGAGGUGCUCAAACAGAUGAACUCUCUGGACUCUGAAAACAAUUUUGCCUGUGUACAGAUGCUGGACUGGUUUGACCACCACGGCCACAUCUGCAUCGUGUUUGAAUUGCUCGGGUUAAGCACGUACGACUUUCUGAAGGAGAAUGACUUCAUGCCUUUCACUGUGGACCAGAUCAGAUUCAUGGCUUAUCAGCUCUGCAGAGCUGUACACUUUCUUCAUCGGAAUAAGCUUACACACACAGACUUGAAACCUGAAAACAUUCUGUUUGUUAAUUCAGAGUAUGAUACUGAAUACAAUGCCAAAUUGAAACGAGAUGAAAAGACAUUGAAGAACCUGCAUGUGAAGGUGGUGGAUUUUGGUAAUGCGACAUAUGACCAUGAGUACCAUACUUCAGUUGUGUCAACACGCCACUACCGAGCACCAGAGGUCAUCCUAGAGCUUGGAUGGAACCAGUCUUGUGAUGUGUGGAGUCUGGGCUGCAUUCUAAUUGAAUAUUACUUGGGAAUAACAUUGUUUCAGACUCAUGACAGCAAAGAGCACCUGGCCAUGAUGGAGAGAGUAUUAGGACCCAUCCCUGUCAAUAUGCUUCAGAAAACAAAGAAGCAGCGCUAUGUUCAUCAUGAAAAGCUGGACUGGGACGAGCACACCUCCUCCGGUAGAUACGUUAGGAAGCACUGCAAACCCCUCAAGCAAUACAUGUCCUCCAAGACCUCAGAUCAUGAGCAGCUGUUUGACUUGCUCCACAAGAUGAUGGAGUAUGAUGUGUCCAAACGCAUCACCCUGGAGGAGGCCCUCAGACACCCGUUUUUCACCCCACUUAGGGAAGAGAGUAAAAAGUGACCUCUAAGCCUCCAGCUACACUUCAUUACCGCUCCCAGGGAGAUUUCUGCUGACUGUAUCAGUCUGCUUUUAAAAGGAGCAAUAAGUAGAAACAGAAACUUGAAGUGUUAAGAAAAGGCCAUCUUAACAAGUGCAGCUGUGCUUCAACAUGUGCAUGGUAAUCAGUGAAGACACAUGAUGAUCAGUUACUUCCUACCUCUAGUGACCUAUCACAAGCCAGAAAUAUGCAGCUAAUCACUGACAUGCAAAUGCUACUUAUUUUUCCUGCAGGGUUGUGUGCUUAUGUACUGUCAUGGUAUCUAUUUAUGAAUUGAAUGUACAAGCCAUGUGUUCCAGUGUAUUUUGUCUUUAAUAAAUUUUAGUACAUUUUCUGGUAA